AUGCCACGAAAAGGCGGAAAGCGUCCUGCCAAUACGCAAAUGUCCGAGCCCGCCCCAAAACGCUUCAAAUCCAGCUACAACAAAACAAUCACCGUCCUCGUAGGUCCCGAAGAAGACAAGUUCAUAGUCCACAAGAGCACAGCAUGCGACAACUCCCCCUUCUUCAAAGCCGCCUGCUCGCAGCACUGGGUCGAAGGCCAAGACAAGGUCGUCCGUCUUCCAGACACCACCGCGAAACUCUUCGAGACAUUCCUACACUGGGCGUACACCAAAGACCUCAAAAUGGAGGGCGUCGACGACUCCACCACCGCCGACCAGCCGCGCACCUACGAUCUCGGCAGCGUCUGGGGUCUGGCCAACUACCUCCAAACCCCCGCCCUCCGCAACAAAGUCAUCGACCGCCUCCUGCAGAAAUUCGACGCCAUGCCGCACACCGCCGUGCCCCGGUCCGCCCUGAACCACAUCUGGGACCUCUCGCCCCCGGACGCCACGAUCCGCCGCUUGCUCAUCGACCUGCACCUCACGCGCAUGUCGCGGCAGAUGUUUGAGGCGUUUGAGGAUGAGUGGCCGCAGGAUUUGAUUCUGGCGGCGGCGAGGUUGCAUUUUGCGAGUGAGGAGAAACGGAAGAUGUUGAGGAGUCCGUGUUUUGAGGAGAGGGCUUGUUAUCAUGAGGCGGAGGAUGGGGAGGGGGAGGAGGAGGGUGGGGCGGAGCUGGCUAAAGCGGAGGUGGAUUAG